AUGCCAAGCAGUGGAACAUCUUGUAGGAUGGGUGGUUGGAUGACACUUGCCUUUCAACUGGGCGGCUGGAGUUUGAUUCCCCAUUCAGACAUGAAAGAUAUCGGUUACCUUCUUGACCACGAUUUCUCUGUGGCUGAUAUAAGUUUGGAUGUGCGACAUCGCCUUACAGAUGUUCUGUAUGAUGAACUGAUAGCAUCUGUGUUAAAAAUCCUUUGCAAGCUUGAUCUGACAUCCACCUCAACAUCCGAGCUCUCCUCUCAAUCUGAGCCUGAGGGCGUGGCCGGGGCCAGUGGGGAGAAGUUGGAGGAUGAAGGGGCCACUGGUGACCCCACUCAGGGAGUACAACCUAACAGGCCUAAAGAUCAUCAAGUCUUUAUCAACCUCGUCGACUUCUGCAGAGACCUACUACCAACUGCCCACUAUGAACUUUUUGAGAAGUGGAUAUUCACAUUCUGCCACAAAGUUAUCCUUUGUUCUACUGAUAAUCCUUUGGUCAGUGGAUUCUACAAGCUCCUGGCGAUGAGUAUGAAGAUAUCAAACAAGCUCAAUUUUUUCAAGCUGUUUGACACAGCAGCUAAACUUACUACUGCAGAGCAAAAAAGAAAAAUUUCCAAGGAAUGGCGAGAGCGCCUCAAAGAAAAUCCUGCAAAAUAUAAAGAACAUAGACUUGUUGAAACCUUGCGGUUACAAGACUAUAGAAAAAACCUGAGCAAUGAACAAAAAGAAAUACAAAAAGGGCAGGCAAGGUUACGGCAACAGAGAUAUAGGAAUAAAAAAAAACUUGAAGGACAUAUUACAUCAAAAGCACCAGUGAACAAAACACGAGCCAGUAAGGAAGUGCAGCGACAAACAUGGAGAGAAGCAAAACGUUUGCAGAGGAUGAAUAUGUCUCAUCAGAAAAAGAGAAGAAUUAAUGAGCGUCGCAGAAAAAUAUAUCAUGAAAAGAAACAACCUAAAUCUUCAGAAAAGGAGAAAGAAAUAGAUCCAGUGGAUAAUGAAUCACUAAUGACCCAAGUUGCCAAAAGGAAAGCUGUCAGUAGGUGUCUGAGAGUGCUACCGAAAAACCCAAAGAAGUACGCCGAAGUGGUAACUCAACUUUACAGAAGAAAAAAACAGGCCUUUGGUUUAGAUGCCACAGAGAAGAAAAAGAAUACAACAACAUUGAUUGUAAAAGAGAAGCUUAUGGAACUGCGUAACCGCCGGAAAGAAAGGGACAACCGAAUUAGAAGAAUAAUUCAUGCCUCUCUUGCUGCAAAAGGACGUAUAAGUCGGGCCACACAAAAGGAAUUUGGACUAAGUAAGAAACUCUCCAAGCUGUCUGUAGAUGAGCUUGAAAACGAGGGAAGAAAAGCAAGAAGUGACUGUCUGCCAGAUGAUGCGGUGAAAGAGGUAACAGAAUUUUACCAGAGUUCUGAGAUGUCCAGAGAGUUGCCGCUUCAAAGGCUUGUGAGUGCAAAGAAAAUGACAGAACCCAGGAAAGCCCUAGAACAAUCCCUUGUACAGUCCUACAAAACUUUCAAAACAAAAUAUCCAGAAAACAAGCUGUCCUAUAGUAAGUUUGCUAGUUUGAGACCUUCUAAUGUUCUACCAUUGACAAAACAAAAGCACUAUCAAUGUUUGUGCGAAUACUGUGUCAAUGUUGACUUUCAGGUGAAGGCUUUGCAGAGAUAUUGUUGUGCCAAAAAAUUGGAGAGACCCUUUGUUGAUAGGUAUGAUGCUUCCAGAAUUACUUUGUGCCCUAAAGAUGGGGCUAAUUACAAAAUGGAAUGUCUCGACAGAAAUUGCCAGUUUUGUGGGGUGGAUAAUGUUGACGAAAAAACUCGUGGACUGAAUCAGUACAUAGACACACAAAUAAAAUGGAGGAGCUGGGAAAUGGUCACUCAACCUAACACCCAGAAAAAGUUCAUGACUCUGGUAUCUAAGGAAGGAACAAUUGGAGAACUAAUUACAGAGCUGAAACUAAAGCUAAAUCCAUUUGCGAAGCACUUGUUUAAUGCCAAGUGGCAGUCAGGUCAGUUCGACGACUUAAAGAAGAAAAUGCCAAAACAGUGGGCAAUGUUUUGCAUGGACUUUGGUGAAAAUUAUGCAUGUCAUCAUCAGGAUGAGGCUCAGGGAGCCCACUGGCAUUACGAACAGGUCACCAUGCACCCCAUUGUUGUCUAUUAUAGAUGUCAGAAGGAGGGAUGUGAUGAAACCGUCCAUGAGUCCCUGGUCUUCAUCACUGAUGACCACAAGCACGAUUAUCAUGCUGUGCAGCACUUUAUUGAAAAGUCCAAUCAGUAUUUGCUCGAAGAAGUUGGACUAGACAUUCACACAGAGAUCCAUUUCUCGGAUGGCGCACCGACUCAGUACAAGUCCAAGUUUAAAUUUGUUGAUAUGUCUAUGGGACAAGACGACUUUGGUCUCAAUAUUGAGAAACACUAUUUUGGAAGCCGCCAUGGCAAAGGACCAUGUGAUGGUGAAGUGGGGGUUCUGAAGAGGUCUGCAACAUCUGCGGUGAAGAGAGGAGAAAUGAUCUCAAAUGCCAAGGACUUUUUUGAAUACGCCAAAGAAAACUUGUCUUUACCAAAAAUGACAACUGACAAUAGCGAAUCUCAUAUACAUUCAAAAAGGAUAUUCUUCUUUGUUAAUAGCAGAGAGAUCAGCAGGGACCGUCAACCAAGGCUGCAAAACAUAAAGGCUGUUCCCCAGACGAGACAGAGCCACCAUUUCAAAAGUGUCCAGCCCUUUGUCGUUCUGUCUAGAGAAAGAACAUGUUUCUGUGAUGCAUGCCAACAGCUGGAGGGAUCAUCAGAAUGCAAGAAUGCAGACAUAGUUGGGAAAUGGAAUGUCCACACAUUGAAGAUAAGAAGGAGACAAGUGGCCCCUCCAGCUGUUGAUGUCCCUGUGAAUGACGCCCCUGUGGAUGGUGCUCCUCUGAAUGACGCCCCUGUGGAUGGUGCUCCUGUGGAUGUUGCUCCUGUGGAUGGUGCUCCUCUGAAUGACGCCCCUGUGGAUGGUGCUCCUCUGAAUGACACUCCUGUGAAUGAUGCCCCUGCGGAUGGUGCUCCUGUGGAUGGUGCUCCUGAAAAUGACACCCCUAUGGAUGGUGCUCCUCUGAAUGAUGCCCCUGUGGAUGAUGCCCCUGUGAAUGAUGCCCCUGUGGAUGGUGCCCCUGUGGAUGGUGCUCCUCUGAAUGACACCCAUGUGGAUGAUGCCCCUGUGAAUGACGCCCCUGUGAAUGAUGCCUCUGUGGAUGGUGCUCCUGUGGAUGGUGCUCCUGAAAAUGACACCCCUAUGGAUGGUGCUCCUCUGAAUGACGCCCCUGUGGAUGAUGCCCCUGCGGAUGGUGCUCCUGUGGAUGGUGCCCCUGUGGAUGGUGCUCCUCUGAAUGACACCCAUGUGGAUGAUGCCCCUGUGGAUGAUGCCCCUGUGCAUGAUGCCUCUGUGGAUGGUGCCCCUGUGAAUGACGCCCCUGUGGAUGAUGCCCCUGUGAAUGACGCCCCUGUGGAUGAUGCCCCUGUGAAUGAUGCCUCUGUGGAUGGUGCCCCUGUGAAUGACGCCCCUGUGGAUGAUGCCCCUGUGGAUGGUGCUCCUGAAAAUGACAUCCCUAUGGAUGGUGCUUCUCUGAAUGACUCCCCCGUAGAUGGUGUCCUUGUGGAUGGUGCUCUUUUAGCUGUGAACACACAAAUUGGAGAUGAUUCAUAUGAUGAUGCCCAUGAUCUGAGUGGACUUAGUAUAGACACAGAUGCCAUAAUGGAGGAGAUGAAUAAAUCAACCUCAGACUUCAAUAUCAGCUUGGACGGAAUGCUAAGUGCCAUCAUAACAGAGAACAUGCCCCCCACCAAUGCCAAACCAGACCCUGAGGGACCUUUCAGGUGUGGUCAAUUUGUUUUGGUAACAUUGACUAAUGACCGAAGAAAAAAGCCUAAGCAAUAUGUUGCAGAGAUCAAGGAGCUGCAUAAUGGGGAGGCCUUGCUUCAGUUCAUGCAGUCACAUCAGGAGUUUUAUUUCUGGCCUACUGUUGAAGACUUCUCCUGGGAGCCACUUCAGAAUGUGGUGUCCAUAAUUUCUCCACCCGUUUUUGUUGCUGAGAAAUCAACUACAAGGAGGCAGCUAUUUAAGCUCUAUGAGCUUUUGAAUAAAUUGAAGUUGAAACGUUUAUAA